GGGAAGAUGUAUCAAACUUUGACGGCUCUUGCAUGUUCUCUAGGCAGUAUGUGCCUAGGAUCGCUGAUGGUGUGGCCGUCAUAUACCCUUCCAAUGCUGGCCGCUUCGAACAACACCAUUCUGUCAGCACCAUUAACGGGAGCUGAAGAAGCCAUGCUGGGCAGUCUGCCGGCCGCGGGCGCGGCGGUAGGAGCGGCUGUCAUGGGAUGCUAUGAUACUUUUGGGAGAAAGAGAGCUAGUCUGGUCAUGACGCUCCUUUUUGCUAUAUCCUGGUGCACGAUAGGCAUGACCAGCUCAAUCAUGGUGGUGCUCAUGGCUCGGUUCCUGGGAGGGUUCGCGGGAGGAGCAACGAUGGUUGUCAACCCGGUGUACAUAGCAGAAGUGGUCGAGGAUGGUUCCCGUGGAAUACUCGCUUCAGGUAAUGAGAAAUCACUAGUGUUCUGGUAG